AUGUCGGAAACUGCAUUGGAUCAUGGCAGGCCUCAGAUUCGCUUUAUUCGACAGAUAUGUAAGCAUUCUUCUCAGCCUUCCAUGGUUACCAACCCUAAUCCGAUGACACCGGACCUAUUACUUAGUGUCCUUGGAGCCGCAUUUAUGCGUAACGUCUACACUGUCCUGCAAUACGAUUCACCAAAGACUGGCGUGGCGACAGGAGACUACGAUCCUUCAACAGCUCGCCCUCAGCUCGGCUUGAUGUCGCUUACCUCUUGGCAAACUGGUCUCCAGGACUUUUAUCGAGUGCGGAUUCUCAAGGAGUCUCUCGAAUCUGGCUCUUCCGGUUCAAGUUCAGGAUCUUCAGGGGGCGGUGGUUCAUCCAAUGGUAUCAACGGUCUGCCAGGGAUGACCGAGAAAAGCAAAAAACUCAGCGCUGGGAUAAUAGCGUUGAUUGGCAUCCUUCUCUUUUUUGGUCUUUCAGCUGGAUUGUUUGGGGCGAGGUGGUGGGUGAUGCAGCGACGAUGGAAACGUCUACGUGCGGCCGCACAAGCCAACGAGGUCGAUGCGGAGAAGGAUUCCGUUGAUGAUUGGCUGUCCCGCGACCUUCGCUGCUUACAACCGCGAAAGCGUCUUGUGGGACGAUGGCGCUACGGCCGUUGGAUCUCGUACGAGUCGCGCAAAGAACCGGAAGCCCGGCAAGACACAUUCGUUUGCGGGGUCGCGUGUUGGAUUGAUGGGAGAAUGGGUCGAGCCGGAUUCAGACGACGACGCGAUAAUCUCACUGUACGGGAUUCUUGGGCCACGGUACGACCGAGGGAAACCGGCGAUAUCGACGUGCUGGAACGUGCGAACCGGACAAUGUCGUUGGCAGUGGGUGCAGGUGCAGGUGGAGCAAAGGUACACUUUAUCGGCGGUAGUGUUGAUUUCGGGCGACCGAGCUCGAUGCCCGCGGAUAUCCUCCAAGCAGCAGGUUCGCCGGGAGGAAUUUUGGGCCUUCAAGGAUCGAGCCAGGGCGGAAUGCACCAUCGCCCGACGUACUCGCGGGACGACUCGGCCGGAGUAUUGGAAUGCCGCUCCUCGCUGCUGGUGAUUCCUACCAACACGCAUGUGGACUCGAGGCCUGCCACCAGUCAACUUGUCGAAGAGGAUGAUCUGGCUCGAGCUAGACCCAGUGUGGAUGUUGGUCUCGGACCUGCGGCGGACUUUGCCAAUCAAUUAAGCCUUACUAUGCCACCCAUAACGGAAGUGCCCGCCGACCCAGGCGAAUCCACACCACGUCUCCUACUCUGGCCACCCACAUGGCCUACAAUGCCUUCCCCCUCUCCUCAGCACAGUCGUCGAGAACAAAAAGACGAUGUGAGCAGCUCGAGCUAUAAAGCUACUCGACUCGGGAGUCGUCAUCUCCUCAGUAACCGGGCAUCCUCUCUCGUCUGCGCAUACUUGCCUUACCACACCUACUCAUACCUACUCAUACCUACUCAUAACCCACUAGCAAUGGACUCUGCUACCGUCUACUCCUAUUCCUACACUACCGAAGUCGAGCAGCCCAUCGACCAAGAGACCAGCGGUGGAGGAUCCGGGUCGUACUGCGUUAUUGCAUAA